UUUUAGCAUUAGAUCUAGAAACAUAAUUAGAUUGGAAUUGAGCUUUGAGCACUCGCGUUUCCACCAACGACCUCACGUCACUUCCAACUUCCAAUGAGUUGCCGAGCACAGAACUACAUGUACGAGUACAUACAUAGAUAGUACCAGUUCAUUUAGUGACGAUGUGACUUGUACAUAGAACGUGGUACGACGUUCAGCUCCACGAGAACGAGCAGCGUUCUUAUCGUAGUAGUCCAUGCAUGCGCACACAACGGGGCUAAGCCGAGGCGAAAUCCCAUAGCGAAACCCUGAGCACUCUGGAUCCUUGGAGGUGAGGAGGUGGACACUGGACGAGCUGGAGGCUGGAGGGAGCCGUGGUGUCAAUUUGCAUUUCAUCUGGACUCUCAGUUACUCCGAAGAUUUUGCCGAGAUGAGACCUAUGCGAAGAAGCCAGAGUGAGUUCGUUCAACCGGGAACUUUGGGGGCUGGCCGGCACCCGAAUCAGCCUCAUGACCGGGAAGAGGUGGCCACCUCGCCCAUAGGAAAAUAUGGGCGGCAUUUCGCAGUGGCCUCCAGCAAGCGAACCCCGGGCGACACUUCGGUGAGUUCGUCCACUUCCACUCCGCACGUGAUCGCAUUGGUGGGUUUGCCGGCACGAGGAAAAACCUACAUCUCGAAGAAACUGUCCAGAUAUCUCAACUGGAUUGGAGUGGAGACUAAGGUGAUCAAUCUAGGCGAUUAUCGGCGAAAAUAUACCAAUUAUGCCAACCACAAUAUCUUCAACAACGACAACCCUGAAGGUCUUCGGAUCCGAAAUCAAGUUUGUGAGGAAGGUCUCCAAGAUGCCAUCAACUACCUAGAAAACGAAGGAGGGGAAGCGGUGGUGUUCGAUGCGACUAACACUACCCGAGAGCGUCGGAGAUUGCUCCAUGAUACCGUGGUCAAGAAGAAAGGCUUUAAGUUGUUCUUUGUCGAGUCGGUCUGCGACGAUGAGACCAUUAUUGAUAGCAACAUUCGUAGCGUGAAGGUGACAAGUCCGGAUUACAUCAGCUUCAAUGCUGAUCAGGUGGUCGAAGAUUUCAAGGAGCGUAUAAAGCACUACGAGGCCCAAUAUCAGACCUUGGAUGAAGAGCUCGAAUCCGAACUGAGCUUCAUGAAGAUCUUCAAUGCGGGCGAAAAGGUCCUAGUCCAUAAGCACGAAGGCCAUGUGGAGAGUCGGAUCGUGUACUAUCUCAUGAAUAUCAAGAUCACUCCUAGGACGAUCUACCUCACGCGCCAUGGGGAAUCCAAUUACAAUCUACAGCAGAAACUGGGCGGGGAUCCCGGGCUAUCGCCCAGAGGGAAGGAUUACGCCCAAAAGCUGGGCGAAUAUAUGAACAGCCUGAGCAUUCCAAAUCUCUUGGUGUGGACCUCGUUCAUGAGGCGAACGCAUCAAACCGCCAAACACGUGGUGGGUAUCCACGAAAGAUGGAAAACGCUCAAUGAGCUAGACGUGGGUGUGUGCGACGGCUUGACCUACGAAGAGGUCAAGGGCAAGUAUCCGGAUGAUUUUAUCGCCCGAGACAAGAACAAGUACCGAUAUCGGUAUCCUCGGGGAGAAUCUUACGAGGACCUCGUGGCUCGCUUGGAGCCCGUUAUUAUGGAGCUGGAACGCCAUGGCUCCGUGUUGGUGGUCGGACACCAAGCCAUUUUGAGAUGCAUUUUGGCCUACUUUGAGGAGAUUGACGAAGACGAGUUGCCAUAUCUGGAGGUCCCUCUCCAUACAAUAAUCAAAUUGGAGCCUAGAGCUUAUGGAUGUCAUGUUGAAUUUGAGAGAUUGAAUGUCGAUUGCGUGAGCACGCACCGACCCAAGCCCAAAGUUCCCGGACAACUUCAAGAUGACAUCGCCACCCAAUUGGAUCAAAUUGAAAUUCACCAUGUGUGAAGAACUUGCUUCAAACGGAUAUGUUUGUAUUUCGCUUUUAUACUUUUGUGCUCCAUGCAACCCAGACUCGGAUCAAUAUAUACGUACCAUGAAUGAAGAUCA